AUGGCUCAAAGUGCUUUUGGGGAACUUGGUGAGAUGACAAGCGACGAAGCGAUCAAGAUGUAUGAAGACAACCAAGGAUCAAUCGCUCUCGCCAAGAACCCGGAGUUCCAUAAGAGAACAAAACACAUCGACAUACGCUACCAUUUUGUGCGUGAGAAGGUGGAAUCAGGUGAAGUCGUUUUGGAGUAUUGCCCGACUCAAGAUAUGCUGGCAGACAUGAUGACCAAGCCGAUCGCCGCUGUACAAUUUGAAAACAUUCGCGAUCGACUUGGGAUCCAAGGUGCCGCAGCUAACGAGUCGAGAGGGAGUGUUGAAAAGACAGCGGCUGUGAAGAAGACACCUCGUCAAGCUGCGUCAAGUGUUGAAGCAAGUGGAAGACCAAGCUUCGCUAUACCGGUGGGUACCGGUAUGUACCAGUAA